UUUUUUUUUUUUUUUUUUUGAUUCUUUCCACUCCACCCCCCCCCCCAAUUUCCUUGACUUUAACUCAACCAAAGCUGAGACAGUAGCUGUUAGUGGGGUGUCUGGGCAGGAGGACCAAAGGGCUGGGUCCUGCAACCUCAGGCCAUCCCUCCUGGCCACCACUGGCCCUCCCCGCCCCCACGCCCCUCAGCCAUCUCCCAUGGGGAUACACCAGGAGAAAGGUCCCCACUCAUCCUCCAGCCGACACCUCAGAUUUUCGAAUUGUCUCCAGAGCCGGGUGGGGCCUUGCAGACAGGCCCUGGCUUUCAUGCACCACCAUAUGCUCAUGCCAUGUUUUCUUCCAAAAAGACACCUCAGCAAGCCCCAGGGGACAGAGGGAGAGCCCAGAUUGAGGCCUCCACUGGCCUUGACACUGCCCUUAAGGACUGCCCUUUGGCCUGAGAGCCCAAGGCCAUGCCUGUCAGUUUCCCCAGGGCUGAUUGCUGGUUUUCACUCCCCAGGCCCACGCCAGGGAUGUGGGAGCAGCCAGUGGCAGAGGGAGUGGGUGGCACAUCCCCACAGGACCCCUCCCCAAGGGUUUCACUGGGACCAUCUUGUCCCUCAUGACCCACACCUCACAGCACCCAAAGCACCACCCUUCCUGGCCCCCAGCUGUGUGUCUGAAUAAGGCAGAAACACUAGCCUUUGCACUUUGGGUUCAUGUCUGGGAGGGGGCGGGGGCGGGGGGCCUGCAGGGUGUGUUGGGUGGUUUUUUGAUAUGUAUGAAACUGACAUCUUGGCAAACCCCAUCCCCUCCCAAGCCCACUGUCACCCACUCACCCACUGUCUAUCCCAUGGAGAGUCCCCUAGCCUGACCUUGGGAUCCAGCCCUUGCUGUGGACUAGGGAGACCUCCCCAGUAGAUGCAAGUUGCCCCAUUUCUCCCUUUGGAUGAGGGCACCAGACCCCAGGCGGGGUGGAGAGGGAGGUAUGGAGAGGGAGCAGACCCGGCCCUGGAUGCACGCGGAGAUGGGGGCAUCUGGGGUCCCCCGUGCCCAUGGCUGAAACUCAGGUUCUGGCAGAGCCCUGAGCCCAGAUCCCACUCCAAGCUAGACAAUCAGACUGGAAAGGAACCCCAAAGGAGAGACUUGGGAGGGAGCGCCUUGCUGCAGCUCCCCAAGCAGCAGACAGCUCCAGAACUUUCUGUCCCCAGAGACAGCAGUGUUCCAGGAGGAAGCAGAUAUGGCUGGACAGCGGCCAGUGAGGCAGGACCCGGGGCCGGGAGCACCCGUCCAGCCCCUGGAAGAGACCACACACAGGGUCCCCAACCCCCACUCUGGCUUCUCCAACGGUACUUUGACUCCAGUGUAGGGCUAGAGUAUACAUAUACAUAUAUAUAUAUAAUUUUGGACUUUCUUUUCUCGUACUACAGAUUAUACAGUGGCUACUUUUUAUUUUGGCCUGGAUUCUCUCUGAGGCCGACUUUUCCCCUGCAUCCUCCUGUCUUUCCGUUUCUGCCCCUUUGGACACUUCCUGAGAGUCUCAACUCCAAACUGACACCUCCUCCCCACCCCCACCCCCUCCCCCGCGUCCAUCCAUCCCUAAGCAUUUCAGAGCGUGUGGGGUCCGAGCUGGCCCGGAGGCCCACCCCCCACCCACCCUCUCCCCCCAAGCGAGACGGGGGAGACAGACCCAAAGCAAUCCCAGCAGGACUUGUUGCCAGCGAUACCAAAACAGUCUUUUCCCAAGCAGUGCCUCACAUGUCUGCUGGUGUGGCUUUGGGGUUCUCCUCCCCCACUCCCUGGGGGUCCCCCAGGCCUCAGGAAAGAGGAGGCGGGAUCCAGCAGGACUAAGGGCUCCAGGAGAGGAAGAAAGUCACACACGCCCAAGCCACCACUCUCCCUGCAGCCCUUGCUUCACACCACCUGGCUAGAAGGGGACCCACUGGAAAGGGGUCGGGGCCACCUCAGCCCCCCUCCAGUUGUGAACCCCCAAAGCCCAUUCCCCAAAUGCAUCAACACCCCAUCCUCCCACCUCAGGUCCCAGCCAGGCCCCCCUGAAACCAAAGCCCCUUCAAAUCCAGGGGUCCUGGCCUCUUCCCCCUCCCAGAACCGCACGUGGGGACAGAAAGGCAGAGUGCCUGAGGAUAGAACGCAGGUCGUGGGGGGCAGUGGUGGGUUGGUGGGGAGAGAGGGAGAGACCCAUUUUCCUCUCUGAACUUUCUUUCCUCUUUUUUCUUCAUCUCUUUUCUUUCUAAGAUUUUUUAGUGGUGUUGCUGUUCAUUCUUUUCCCUCAGAUAUUUUUUGAGUUUUUUUUCCCCAUUUUGUAUUUUACCAAUAUUACCAGGAUAGUUUACUCUCUGUUUCUCGCUUUCUGCUUGCUGCACACAAUGGAUAAACACACACACACACACAGACACACACACACACACACACACCCAUGCUCAUGAACCCAUGUCAUGAGAAGGUUCGGGCCAGGCCCACUACCCACCUUGUGCCCCUCCUCCUCCCUAAGGUGGGGACAGGAUGGGGGACCAGGGGACGUGGGGCAGAGCCAGGCCCAGCCUUCUCCUGGCCCGGCUCCCCCGCCCUGCUCCUUCACAUCAUACUCCGAUCAUAACCUUGUAUAUUAAGCAGUCAUUUCGGUUUUCCGCGGACGCGCCUACCUAAGUACCAUUUACAGAAAGUGACUCUGGCUGUUAUUAUUUUGUUUGUUUGUUUCCCUAUGCAAAAAAAAAAAAAUGAAAAAAAGAAAAAAAAUGAAAGGGGGGG